GGAGAUUAUAUCAUUCCCAGGUUAGUGUAUGAUUUCUGUAUAAUAUAUAAAAUUGAGGGGAAAAUGUUUUGUGGAAUAUUCGUUUUAAGAUGAUGUGAGUUGAUAAAAUGACACUGACUUUGGAAAACAUGACCUUGACCCAGCAAAUAGAAGCCGAAAACACAACAUUUGCCGACGCCGUCCCAGAUACUGUUUCCAGCUUAAAUAGAUGUUCCCUGGCCUGCAUAAUAAUCAUAAUUGUCAUCUUAGCUCUCGGAUUCAUAGUUUUUUGUUCAGUAAUAAUAAGAAAAUGUAUUGAAAGGACAUACGUGUUACGGAGCCGAAUUCAGUCUUUCAUUGUUAGUGCACCUGUUUCCGGAGGUACGGAUAGCGGUGAGGACCAGAAACGGGUCGACAACAGGGGAACAAGUCUCGUGAUCAAUAAAUAUAGGAAUUCAAAUGAACGGACUUCACAAGGAAGAGCGCUCGUGAAAUUCAGUAUGCCCAUUGUGGACUGGGAAAUAAAUAUCUGUGCAGUAUAGGACCGCAUUGUUUGCUAUGAAAUCUUACGAACUUAAGAAGAUGUCCAAAAAGUGUGUCGCAGCCGAACGAACAUUUUAUUUUUAGAAUGAAAUCACUAUCUGGGCAUUCGAUGUGGACACGGAGCAUUGUUAUACUUAAAUAAAUCUAAUAUACAACAAGUCUAACAUUUCCAAUGUUUUACUGAGUGGUUAAUGUCGAUGUUGAACAGCUAGGUGAGAUGUUGGACCUGUUGGUGAGAUGUUGGACCGCUAUGACGUUACGAAUUGAUUGAGUUGAGGAAGCUGUAAACACUGAGGAAAAAUGUUUUGGAUUUCGAGAAAAUUGUAUAAUGGUGUGCAUAUUGUGUUUUUCUAGUUCAUUAUCAACAUGGCUACCUAGCUGCCAUAUUUCACCAGGAAAAAUGUUCUCAGACAUUGAAGUAGGCAGUAAGAGAGCAGAAAUCACCGUUGUACACUUAUAUUUGGAAAAUACGCGCAAAUAAUGUUUUCAUUCACUUUACUGUGGUGUUAUAUAAUAUUAAAAUACGUUAUUCAAUUUCAAA